AAACAAUAGAUUCAGUGGACUUCCUCUCCCUCCCUUGUGGAAGGAAGAUGAAAGUCUUCGUGCUCCAGAGUUGAUCAUUGAAUGCCCAAGACCCACGGAGGGAGAAAAGCGGGUGGAAAGGAGGGACAGCCAACGGAAGGUUGUGCAUCGGGAGGGCCUAAGCCGCGGCACCUGUGCCAGCUCUGGGGACACGUGACGGGAGAAGAACGCCCCUGGGGAUCGGGGCUCACCUGAGCCCACGUGACGGGGCGCGAGCCGCCCCCGCCUGCCUGAAGGGUAGCGCCUGUGCUAUUCAGCAGCGUCUCCCCAUUCCCUUUCCUUUCCCUUCCCUUGCUUUCCCUUCCCGGCGCGCCUGGGACUGCGCGCUGAGAGCAGCAAUCCCUGCGCCAGCCUGAGCGGUGGCAGCACUGGCAGCCGUGGAGGCAGGCGUAGCGCAGCCUUUGCACACCCAGCAGGGGCAGCAGCAGUAGUUGGAGCUGCAGCAACAGUAACAGCAGCAGCAUGUCGGCCGGCGGAGCGCCUAUGCCAACGACCCCCAAUCCCGCUGUCUCUUUCCCGGCGCCCAGAGUCACCCUGCCAGUAGGACCUGAUAUCCUCCGGACCUACUCGGGAGCCUUCGUCUGUUUGGAGAUUCUAUUCGGAGGACUUGUCUGGAUUUUGGUAUCAUCCUCCAAUGUACCUCUACCUCUGCUGCAAGGAUGGGUGAUGUUUGUAUCAGUCACAGCUUUUUUCUUUUCCCUUCUCUUCCUGUGUGUGUUCCUUUCAGGCAUGGUGAAUAGAAUUGAUGCCAACUGGAAUUUUUUGGAUUUUGGCUAUCAUUUUGUUGUGUUUGUUUUUUACUUUGGAGCCUUUCUGUUGGAAGCAGCAGCUACUUCCCUGCACAACUUAAAGUGCAAUGUGACUCUGAAUGUACAGCCUCUUUUGAAUGACAACCAGUACAAUAUAAAUGUAGCAGCUACGAUUUUUGCCUUUGUGACAACAGCUUGUUACGGUUGCAGUCUGGCUCUGGCUUUAAGAAGAUGGCGACCAUAACACUCCAGAUCAAUUAGCUCUCCAUGUUCUAGUUUAGUUUGUGUACUUGUAUAUGUGAGACCAAUUUUGGGACCAUAUUGUUUUAGCUGUGAUACAUUCCCAAAGUCUUUUUGUAUAUGGAGACACUUUAUGGAAAAAAAGUUUUCAUUCAUAUUUAGAUGGAAUUUACUUUUUAAAACUAUUUUAACAGAUGAAGAGCCUUUUAUUACAGUUAAAUUGGCUUCUUACUAUAGGAAACCUGCACUUUAAAGUUGAUAAUAAAUCGAGGCAGCUUGGAGAGCCUUGGGUUCAGAAUCUCACUUCCAAUACUUACUAGCUUGUAGUCAUGGGAAAAUUGCUCAGUUGCUUAGACCUUCAAUUGCCUCUUUUCUAAAAGGAAUAUAAUAUGUGUAGUUCCUGUUUCACAGGAUUGUUAUGAGGAUCAAAUGGAAUCUUCUAUUUGAAGUGCUUUGUAAAGUAUGUAAACGCUAGCUAUUAUUGUGAGUAGCAUUAGCUAUUAAAUGGUAUCUCUCAAAUAUAUAUGGUCACUGGAAUCCCCCGGAUUUUAUUGCUUUUAUAUGCUAUCUUUUAAGCCUCCCUACAAAAUAUGCUUUAAACUGAACAAAUAUCAAAUAACUGUCUCACUCCCAUUUAUAAAAUCCCCUGUAUGUAUGAUUUUAUAAAACCUGAACAUGGAAGGUGUAAUUCAAGCCAUGUAUAAAACUCAUUCUCAUUACUUUAUAUUUCCUGGGUUAAGUAGUCAAUUGUUUUUCUGCUGGAGGCACAAUGAUUCUUCCUAGUAUCUUAGGAUUCUAUUUUGGUUACUUGAAAAGCUCAUAUAUGAAAUGAACCAUGGUUCUUUGUAAAAGAAUUUUCCUUUCUUCUUAUUCCUAGCUAAAGUGAGGCCUUUAUAUCCAUUGAUGAACACUGGAACAGAUAUCUAGCUCCUCUAGGUUUUUUUUUUUUUUCUUUUAGAUAUAUUUAUGUUUCAAGUUAUAUUUCAAUGUAUUCUGUAAAUAUGUUUGUGUAUUAAUGUGAUAUUUUUCAAAAGUGUUUACUUUUAUUCUGAAUAGUUUUUAUUUUUAUUUUUCUGAAGCUGAAUUUGAAUGGAUUUUUAAAAAGCAGUUCUGUCUAUAAAACCUUUAUGCUUUGAUAUUGCCCGAGAAAUGAUGACAGAUGUGCAAAAGUUAGGUUUUUUUUAAAAAUGUGUAUAUGUGUAUACAUAUAUACUAGUGUAUAUAUAUAUAUACACACAUAUAUUAUGUGCAUGUUUGUAUAUGUAUGUGUGCACAUAUGCAUAUGUCUACAUGUACAGAAGUGUACAUAUGUGGUUCUAUAUAUUGUGUAUGCACAUAUGUGUGUGUGUGUGUAUAUAUAUAUAUAUUUAUAUAGCCUCUGGUUGAGUCAUGCAGAUAUUAAUUGCAUUGUACCAUUAUUAUUUUUGGAAAGGUGCCAAAAUGUCUGAACUAAAGACUUGAAUGGGAACAUAGAGUUAUGUGGUAAUCCUCUCCAUGUUAUCUCAACAAAGUAUUUCCAGCCUGUCUUAAGAAAGAUUCCUUUAGAAUAAUAGGACCAUUUGGCCUCUCUGACCAUCAUCCUUUUGUGUGUUUACUAAUCCCAUCCCAAAAUUUGCCACGUAUAUGGGAUUUUUUUUUAAAGAGUAUAAAUACUAAGCCAAGAUAGCCAACCACCUCAUAAACUAUAGAUUAGUCAUAAAAGUGGCAGUGUUGGAGUAAUUGCUGAUCAAAGGGCAAGGUAUUUUUUUUCUUAAUGCCCUAUUAUGUCAACAUGUAAAUUCUAGUACGUUUCAUGUGAAACAUAUAAGGCAUGACUAUAAUGUGAUUCAUUGAUGUGUAUGACUUAAGGAAAUCCGCCCUCUUUCUUUAUAUAUCACACUGACAUAUGUCUUUUCUCAAGCUUCCCCUUCUCUUUGAAAAUCUGCCAUUUCUACAUGUAUGCCAUUUAUUCACAUUUGUAUUAUGAAUUGAAUAUUACAGUUAUACACUGUGCCAUAAGGAUGUAGUCUUUUUUAGCUAGAAUCACAUGAAGUAAGUGGGCUAGAUUUGGCUCUGGUGUCUCCUCUUCUCUCCCAGUAAGACAUCUGAGUUCUGUGCUUGGUGACAUUAAAUCAAACAAUUUUCUUGAAAUAAAGUGUUCUGGAGGUGCUUUUGUAAUGAAUUGCUUUUAAAUUGCUAAGAACAAAGUUUAAACCCUUAUCUUUACUGUGAAUACUCAUCUCUAUGGAUUAAAUGCAUACUAGGUUUGUGAAAUGAGUGACAAACACUUGAACAAAAAUUAUGGCAUUUAAAAACUUAUUGUGUGUCUUAAAACUGUAAAAAAUGAGAAUGUUUGAAUGAUUUUAAAAUUCUGGUAAUUCCAUAUUAUAAUAAGACUUCUUUUAUAAGUGUUAUGACUCUAAUAAAGUAUUCAUUUGCUAA